AUGAUUGAACAUUCUAUAAGAGGGAAGGCCACAUCUAUUGCGCUUCGUAACGGAUUGAUGGACGGUGAACUCUUGUCUUCCGAUGGAAAAAGUCUUAGAACUAUAACAAAUGCUACUAGAAUGGCCAUGAAUCCUAAUGCUGAUGGUGAUAUCUUCACUAUACAAGAGCUUCUCACGGCUGCUG